CAGCAUCCAUCCACACAGGCAGGCUCUUCCUUUCUGUUUAUCCCAGGAAUAAAACCUUAGAGAUGGACGCUGAUGAGGCCAAAUCUCCCUCCAACACGAUUGUGCUGGAGUUCAAAGAAGACACCGCGCUGACAGAGAUGAUGCGCCUUCGCGUGUCCUCCCUGCAGCGGUCAGGGCAGAAGCGUCAAGACGGCGAGCGUCUGCUUCUGCCCUACGAGGCCGUGUGUCGGCUGGACUUCGCCAUCCAGGAGCUGAACUUCUCCCGCUGGUACUUCUCCCUCUCCGGCUACGGCCGCGUCACCAUCACUGGUAUCUGCCAGCACUGGACCCCCGACCUCACCAACCUGAUGACCCGGCAGCUGCUGGAGCCCAUUGGAACAUUUUGGCGUAAUGCCGGUGACCCCGAGGACUCGCAGCUCAAGUGCCUGGAGGCGGAUAUGCAGGAAUUCGGCGAAAGGAUUGCAGAGCUCGCCAAAAUAAAGCUCCAGAGUGUGAUCAAAGUGGUGGGUGGGCUCUUUAGUUUUUUGAAAGAAGCCAAAUGA